AUGUCUAGUUUGGCAAUUUACACAUUAAAGCAUUUGAUCAAGCGAGCCGUGUCGGACGACUUGGACGAUUCGCCGGACUUGCCAACUCCCGGUGAUGACAACUUAGAAGAUUCCAACCCAGUCGAAAAUGAGAUAUUCUCCUCAUGGGCAUUAUUCAUCUUGAUUUUCUUGCUCAUGAGUGCAUUGUGGGCAUCUUAUUUCUUGCAACAAAGAAGAAUCAAGGCCAUUCAUGAGACUGUAUUGUCUAUUUUCUGUGGAAUGAUUGUUGGCUUGAUCAUACGAUUGGCACCUGGUCAUUAUGUCCAAGAUGCAGUGAAAUUCAACCCUGGCUAUUUCUUCAACAUCCUUUUACCGCCCAUUAUCUUAAAUAGUGGAUAUGAGCUACAUCAGGCGAAUUUCUUUAGAAAUAUUGGAAGUAUCCUUACAUUUGCAAUUCCAGGUACCUUUAUAUCCUCAUUAGUGGUGGGUAUCAUUGUGUACAUUUGGACUAAAUUAGGGUUGGACAAUGUCAACUUGGAGUUUGUUGAUGCCUUGGCAGUUGGAGCUACAUUAUCGGCUACAGACCCUGUGACAAUCUUGUCCAUUUUCAAUGCAUACAAAGUGGACCCUAAAUUGUAUACAAUUAUUUUUGGUGAAUCAUUACUCAAUGACGCUAUUUCCAUUGUCAUGUUUGAAACUUGUCAAAAGUUUCAUGGACAACCCGUUAGAUUCUCGUCGUUUUUUGAAGGUAUUGGAUUAUUCUUGAUGACAUUUACCAUUUCAACAAUUAUUGGUAUUUUCAUUGGUGUUUUGGUUGCAUUGAUAUUGAAACACUCGCACAUUAGAAGAUAUCCACAGAUUGAAACAUGUUUGGUGUUGCUAUUUGCAUACCAGUCCUAUUUCUUUUCCAAUGGUGCUCACAUGUCUGGUAUUGUGUCAUUAUUAUUCUGCGGAAUCACCCUCAAACACUAUGCUUACUACAAUAUGUCAAGAAGAACACAGAUUGCUACGAAGUACGUGUUCCAACUUCUUGCACAAUUAUCAGAAAACUUUAUCUUUAUUUAUCUUGGACUUUCAUUAUUCACUGAGGUUGAACUUGUGUUUAAACCAUUAUUGAUCAUUGUUGCAUUCAUCUCCAUAUGUGUUGCUAGGUGGUCAGCAGUGUUCCCGCUUUCUAGGUUCCUCAACUUUGUUUACCGUGCAAGACUCGAAAAGUAUAGCGGUAUUGUCAAUUCACCAGGCGGAUUAGGAUUGAGUGUGCCCGACGAGAUCAGCCACUCGUAUCAGAUGAUGAUCUUUUGGGCCGGUCUUCGUGGUGCUGUUGGUGUGGCAUUGGCGAUGGGGUUCAAGGGUGAAGCCAAGUGGACUUUAUUGGCCACAGUCUUGGUUGUUGUGGUUCUUACAGUGAUUUUGUUUGGUGGAACUACCGCGUCAAUGUUGGAAAUCCUUGGUAUCAAGAUUGGAUGUGUUGACGAGAGCGCAGAGUCUGAUGAUGAGUUUGACAUUGAAGCACCUAGAUUGUCGCAUUUGCCUCCACAGACAAUGGGAAGUCGAAGGUUUGCCAAGUCGCCAAAAAUCAAUCCGUUUAAAGAUAACAUUGCGUCGAGUACCAAUUCUUCUGUUAAUAAUCUUCUUGACGCAGACUCUGAUCCAAAUAUUGGAGCUGAAGCAGACGACGAAGUUGAAGGAGCAUUUGCAAGUGAUGUGGAUGAAAUGCUGGAUGUACCAGCAUCAUCAAGAAAUAGCUAUGCUAACGCAAACAAUGAUAGAGGUGUACUCGGUGCAAUUCUCAGUGCCGAAGAGCAUGCCAAGUGGUUUACAAGAUUUGACGAAGAGGUUCUUAAGCCGGUAUUGUUGGAUACAUUACCCAAUACGCAAAAUGGUAAUUCAAAUAACCCCAAUGGAAUGAGAAGAGAUUAA